AUGACUUCAUAUAAAGCUCAUAUGAGCUUCAUGUAUAAAUGUGGUAAACCGUCAGGUGCUCCCAGGACGCCCGCUAAUCACGACGAAGAACCGCUUGAAUCCGUUGAAGGUAAUCGACUUCUAUUCUUCAAUGUCAACGUCCUACCAAAGAACUAUGGGCAACUUGCGCCUUACGACUACUACGUUGAGCACUACAAGAAUCCUUGGGCCUCCGAUAACCACGUCGUCGCUUUUAAUCCAUGGAACGUCAAGAUAAUCUAUUUGCAACGGAUUCGCAUCGAUAUCUUACAGUUCUUUCGCGAACUUAUCUACUACGUCUUCACUCCGGAAUUUCGACGUUUCAUCGACAGUCCACAAGCACCUAGUGACAUGCGACACUACUUCUACCAUCAUUGCGCCUUCUUUCGAUUCUUGGACUACCACAUUCCCCUCUUUCAAGGCUUUUCCUGCGAAUGUAUUCACCCUGAAGUCGGAUCGUCGCAUACUUGGACCGAACGGCAGCCUAAUCCACCUCGAAACCCACUCCUCACCGCCGAAGAAGACGAAUUCCUUCACCAUAUCAGCGAAUACUUCGAAUAUCAAGAGGUUAUACAAAUGGCAAACACCUGUCGUCACUUACGUGAAAUCUCUUACUUCCUAUCUUCUCAUGUCCGCAGCCUCUUCGUUCAUGGAUACCUUGAUCCCGACUACAUUUUCGACAGUCAGAAUAAUCGGCGCGCCAUUAUGUGGUGCAGAGAUUCCCUCGCCGCUUAUUGA